GCCAUUAUGAAAUGGGAGAAGUUGAAGCCUCCAGAGCUGGACGAGCCGAUGUGCUGCUGCGACUGUGACGUCUACCAGUCUGGAUACUGCUGUGACUGUGAGGAUCUGGACGAAGCCUUCAGCAGGUGGCUAAAAGAGAAAUCACCUCCAAGUGGAUGUCAGUUUCCUGUGUUUUGGGCCAUGAUUGAUAACCUGGAGAUCUCCAUGAUCCCAACUCUGCUCCUGCUGCCUCUUCUGCUGAGGGUAGCAGCGUUGCACUACCUGCUGGGCAUCACCGUCCUGACCGCUCUGCCCGGCCUGGUGCUGUGGUACUACUACGCCACGCACAGGAAGAAGAGACGCACCCUCUUCUUCCUCACCCUCACACUAUACUCUCUGGCCUACAUGUAUUACCUCUUCAUCACAGAGAUCUUACCCGGUGGAGAUGUCAGCCAGCUGCAGGUGUGUACUGUGACCACUGGGAUGGUUUUGACAAUACUUUCUCUUAUUCGCACCAAGAAAGGUCCGGGUUUUGUGACUGCUUCCCUGUAUGAGGAAUGCAACCCAAACAAGGAGACGAAAGAGGACUGUCCACACCAGGAUGGCUCUGACCAAUCAACAACCUCUCCCUCAGUGACCUCAUCAGAGCUGCUGAAGAAAAAAGAAGCCCAUUUUGCAAAAUGGAACAUGUGUCCUUUGUGCAAAAUACUGCGCCCCCCCCGGGCUGGACACUGCCGGACCUGCGGAUCAUGUGUGCAGCGGCUGGACCACCACUGUGUCUGGAUAAACAGCUGUGUUGGACAGGCCAACCACCGCAGCUUCCUGCUCACCCUGUGUGUGUUCAUGUUAACCUCCGUGUACGGGAUCAGUUUGGUGCUUGCCAGCCUCUGUCCUCGGCAGCAUCUGAUCACAGCUCUUUUGUACUGCCCCGGGGUCUACAGCCAGUCCAGCACGGCUCUCUGCUUCACCUGCUGCUGGUACAGCAGCAUCGUCACCGGCGGACUGCUGUACCUGUUGGUGGCGCAGGUCCUGAAUAUCAGCCUCAACGUGACGGAGCGGGAGGCUCAGCUGGCCCUGAGGAACAAACUGGGCCACAGCCGCCUGUGGGGGCUGGCCGUCACCACGGGGGAGUAUUCCCACGGCCUCUACCAGAACUGGGUGGAGUUCCUCACCAUGGCAGAGGACUCUAUGGCAGGAAAGUGGUAUCUGAUUGGAUUUGCCACAAAUGCCCCGUGGUUUGUCAGCCGCAAAGCAACAAUGAAGAUGGGCACAGGGAUGUUCAAACCGACUGCAGACGGGGAUCUGGACAUGACAUACGCCAGUCUCAACUCUGAUGGCUCUUGCUGGAGAAUGACCAAUCUGGCCAAGAAGACCGGUCUGCCCGGGAAGUUCACAUACAUCAGUCAGCGCUGGGGGAAUGUGAACGACAUGCGUGUCAUUGAUGCGAAGGAUGAGUACGCCCUGAUUCACACCGUCAAGACCAAGGGGGAUGAGAUCACCAACGUCAGCAAACUAUAUGGGCGCGGAGAGGACGUCAGGGCUGAUGUGAUGGAGAAGUUCAGACAGCUCUCUUUGGACACUGGGGUUCUGCCUGAAAAUAUUGUUUUUCUUCCCAAAAAUCCCGAGUGUCCACCUGCCUAAUGAUGUCAGCGUCGCAGACCCAGGACCAUCAUUUGUAGUGAAACUUCAACAUUUAUCAAGACCCAAGACCCUAUGAACAUCUUCCACACUAUUCCUCUGUAUUCCCAAAUUUCUAUUCUCCAUUUAGUAUUUGUCUUCUUUGAUUCAAUCGUGUACCAUAUUUGCUAACAUUGCUAGCAAAUAAUAUUAAUAAAACUAAACAGUUAAAA